AGAAGAUGUCGUGCUGAUGACAAAUUAGAAGGUAACCCAUAAAUGGUCCCUCCCCCUUCGGUGAGAUCACACGCUUUGACUCAAGCUGAAAUUCCUGGUCUUGUCUGAAUUGAGUCAUCGGAAUUAUUAAUUUAUGAAAUAUUCUAUUCCUCGUACCGCCCCGUAUUUAAGGCCGUUCAGUUCCUUGUCCUUUUUCUUCUCAUACGUCCUUUCAUCGCCUUUCGACGACGCCUACGACAGCGUACUCUAAACCUGUCGUCUCAAGCAUUGACAACCUAGUCUAGUUCUUUACCUGCGUGGUACCCUUUGUUGCCCACAAAGCCUCAUGUUCGAGGAGAUCUGCCUCACAUGCUCCAAACACCUCCGCGAUGAUGGUCGUGCGUAUUGCAGUGAUGAAUGCGAAAAUUCAGACAUGUACAAUUCUCCGUCCAUCUCUUCUGCCAGCAGCGCCCUUUCCUCUCCAUACAUCGACUAUGCACCUGGUGGCGAGGUUCCAGCACUCAUGCCGUCUGCAUUAGGAACCGCACUCAGUAACAAUUUUCAGAAGCGAGGUCGGUAUUCCGUCUCGUCUUCUUCCACGUCUUCUGCUUCGUGGUCCCUCUUUACUGAUGCAGAAGAGGAAGGCUAUGCUUCUGUUGGAGAUGUUAGUUUGGAUUCAGGUGUAUCCGGCGACGGGUUCGCACGGUCCGCAGGCUUCUUGCAUCCGUGUAAGUCCUCAGGACUUAGCUACACUCGCCAGCCAUCGGCUACCAACAACCAUUCAACCAUUCCCCUUCUUCACCGCCGAACCUCUUCCACGUCUAGCUCCGGUUUUGGACAAGUUCAUUCAUCUGCCGAAGAUGACGCCGACUCCAUGAGCGAUCUCCCUCGUAGCUUUAACGAAAAACUUUCGGAGCAAGAGCGGGAGCGUCACAAGCUCACUGUUACCUCCAAGUCUAAAAAGACCCGCAACCGUGCGAGUCUCCCUGCAUAUUUUUCUCUUCUGCAGGUCAGCUCUGCCCAGCGCAGUUCGCCGCCACCUUCCAGCAGUUCAGGAAACACAGUCAAUCGUGUUUCUCCCCCUACACCAAAAUUAGCUUCAUUGCUAGCCGUCUCUGGCUUUCGCCCCGCUCUGGAAGCGACACCCCGCGGACGACGACGUGAACCAGAUGUAUCCCAGAGUAGUCGCUCCAAUUCUCGUUCUCGUGCACGCCAGCAAACCCUGGUUCCUGGCCCUCGCGAACGUCAGGAUAGCCGCAGCAGCGUUGAGCAAGUUUUUGAUUGGACCUGUGCUCCGUUGCCUCGAGGUCGUCCAAGUGUACGGCGCAACUCAUCACCACUUCCCAAGAUGAUGUCCUCCAUGCAGCAAUUUGACGAAACACCUUUUGUUGCCGGUUCCAUCAGUGAGACGCACGAGCGCCGGGGUCGCUUCAAGCGAAACGAGCUUGGCGGACCGAGCUCGCGUGAUGCGCCGGGUUAUGGGAAUGGCAGGAGUGGCCUACGAGAGCGAGAGCGCCAGCGUGGCGUUGGUGCCAGCCCUCUGUGA